GAUGACCAGAGACUGCGGACAGUACAGAAGAUGACCAGAGACUGCAGACAGUACAGGGGAUGACCAAGACACUGCAGACAAUACAGGGGAUGACCAAGAGACUGCAGACAAUACAGGGGAUGGAUGACCAAGAGACUGCAGACAACACAGGGGAUGACCAAGAGACUGCAGACAAUACAGGGGAUGACCAAGACACUGCGGACAGUACAGGGGAUGACCAAGACAUUGCAGACAAUACAAGGGAUGACCAAGACACUGCAGACAAUACAGGGAAUGACCAAGACACUGCAGAUAGUACAAGGGAUGACCAAGAGACUGCGAAC